UCCCGCUCGCUCUCCCUAUUUCCUCGUUCUCCAUCCACCUACCCUCUCGCCGGACCCACGGCUGGAUUCUGAUUGGCCGGCUGGCGUCCCGGCCAGGCCGCCAGCAGCGGGAGGCGGCAGCGGCAGCAGCAGUAGCAGCAGCAAGGAAAGAAGAGGGCACCGAGGGCGGAAAGGGGUGGCAGGGGCAGCCUCAGCCUCAGGCGCUAUCGUCUCCUCCGUCGCCGCCACCGUUCUGCCUUUGCUGGGCGGCGUGGCAGCCUGAAGGCGCUGGUGAAGAAGGACGAGCCUGACUCGAGCCAGGGAAGGGUGAGACGGCUGUCCCCGUCCUCUUGACAGCUUCCGAGGCUAGUGCAGAGGAAGGAGCGGCUGGUCUCCUUUCGGGACAGUUGCUUUGAGCUGGACGGAUCGCGUCUCUGGGCACUCCAGCUCCUCUGCGGUUUGGGCUCCGGGAGAUAGUGGUGCGCGCAGCUGCAAAGGCUAGAGGUUCUUUUUUAAAUUGAUUGUAUUGAGGCUGGAACUCAACCAUGGGAAGGAAGCUGGACUUGUCUGGUUUGACUGAUGAUGAAGCCGAGCAUGUCCUUCAGGUGGUCCAACGAGAUUUCACCCUCCGCAAGAAAGAAGAAGAUCGCCUGAGUGAAAUGAAGCAGAAGCUCGAUGAAGAAGGUAACAAGUGCAGUAUCCUUUCAAAGCAGCAGAGUUUUAAUGAGCGAUGCUGCAUGCGCUGCUGCUCUCCUUUUACUUUUCUCAUCAAUACCAAGCGACAGUGCCAAGAUUGCAAAUACAACAUCUGCAAGAACUGCAGCUCCUAUCAGAGGAAGGAGAAAGCUUGGCUCUGCAACGUGUGCCAGCAAGCUAGACUUUUAAGGGCUCAGUCCUUAGAAUGGUAUUACAAUAAUGUGAAAAGUCGCUUCAAGCGUUUUGGAAGUGCUAAAGUCCUGAAGAAUUUAUACAGAAAACAUCGUUUGGAAGCUGGAGCUUGUUCUGACAUACUAGAAGCAGGAAGCUUCUGCGAAGGAACAAUAGAAAAUGAAGGAAGCAUUUGUGGCAGCGACUCUACUUUCUACAGACAGACAGAAGGACACAGCAUGAUGGACACUCUUGCUGUAGCUUUGCGUGUUGCAGAAGAAGCAAUAGAAGAAGCUAUUUCUAAGGCAGAGAUGAACAGUGACAGCUUGGACAAACAGAAUGAAGCUGUUUACUUACGAGACCAUAAGGAAGAACUGAUAGAAGAACUUGCUACUACUAUUGUCCAGAAGAUCAUAAGAAAGCAGAAAAACAAGCCUGAGCAAGUGGAAGCUGGCUUUGAGUGGCCCCAGUCCAGGAGCAGCAGUGGCCUCACAACCGCUACUCUCUCGGAUCAGAGCAUGCUGACCUUCCCAGGGAGCCGCCGGGGAUCAUACACAUUAUGGAGAUCUCAGUCUGCCUUCUCACUCACUAAUGAAGAUGCAUCAGGCAGAAACCUGGACCUUGCAUCUUCUGUGCCUGAGUCUCUUGGGAGGCAAGCAAAAGGCCCCAUCAGGAAACAGAAAGAGCACAGACUUUCUGCUUUGCCCAGCUGGAAGAGCGUGGACCAGUUAAAUGAACCAAAUUUCUCCCCCGUCUUACAAAGUAUAGAUGGAAACUGGGUAGCCUUGCAGAAUGUCAUUUUGCCUCGCCCUCGAAUGCUUGCCAAACCAAAGAGCCAAGUAUUCCAAGCUUUGGAGAACGAAUCCACUGUGGUUUCUGCUUAUGACGAGAUGGGUUCUGAUAGUGAAGAUGAUUAUGACUGGAACAUAGCUUUGAACAAGUUGCGGCGGCAGCCCAAGCAGCUGUCAAAUUAUGCCAUUUCGCAGUGCAAUACUGGAUGGGCUUCUAGCAAUGAACUGUACCAGCCUGUGACCUCCCCUUCACCUGGGCUAUUGACCAAUGAGACAAUGUACUCUGAUUCUGAAUCAUCAUCAGUUAGUUCUUCCAAGGAGAGUAGUAGAACUGGCAGUCUUCCCUGGAUGCAAAGGAGAACUUGUAACAAAAAACCCAGGGAAGAAAAAAUACAAUUACAUGGAGAACUAGAUGUAAACUUUAACCCACAAGCUACCAGUUUGGACUAUUCUGAUAGCAGUGAAAGUGAAGAAGUGUAUCAUGACCUGGAGAAGACAUCGAGGAGGUGGAAAAAAAGCAAAGUUCUCUCAGAAGAUGUAUGCAAAGUAAAAAACCGCACACAAACCCACAAGAAUUUGAGCACAAGCCAGGCAUCUGAAGUUCUGUCAGAAACUGACAUAAGCAGUGAAGACCAACACCAUCAAAACAAGCCAGACACUAUAGAAGAAAAACUGAAGUCCAGAUUAUUUGAACUGGCUGCAAAAAUGAGUGAUAACAGGGAAAGCUCUUCAGAGGAGCAGUUAUCGGAGCCAAGAACAGAAUCAGAGAACCUGAAGUCAUGUGUAUCUUCGGAAGACAAUGGCCAAUGCAUUCAGGAGGAGUCAAAGAAGAAAUACUCUGCUGUGUCUCUCUGCAAUAUAUCUACCGAGGUUCUAAAAGUCAUCAAUGCAACAGAGGAGCUCAUAGCGGAAUCUGCAGAACCAUGUGACCUCCCAGCAGAUUCGUGUGACAGGGGGAAAGGGGACUUCCCGUUAGGUACAGAUCCCAUCCGACUUGAUGAGCAACUCACAGCUCUGGAAGAAAAUGUCUACCUGACAGCUGGCAGCGUUUACAGCCUCGAGAGCCAGCUGGAUGAUCUUGAAGAUGCAGCACGCCGAAUUAGCAGCGUCACGGCAGAAUCGCAGCUUGCUGACCUGGAGGACCAAGUGGCCACAGCAGCAGCCCAAGUUCACCAUGCAGAACUUCAGAUUUCAGAUAUCGAGAGCAGAAUUUCAGCGCUCACAGUAGCGGGCUUAAAUGUAGCUCCGUGUGUUCACCUGACAAGAAAGCGGGACCAGCAAGCAAACCAGAUGCACACAAUAGACUCAUCCAGGCAGCAGAGAAGAAAGCUUCCAGCUCCACCAGUGAAAGGUGAAAACAUCGAUGCUUCUCCGGUUACUCCUGUUAGAACAUUUAACAGGAAUUUCAUACUUCAAGGAUCUCUGACACAAAGAACAAAAAAAGAGAGAAAAAGCACUGCCAAGGAUUUGACGGAACCAACUAUAGGGUCUGCUGUAAUGUAUUAGAAUUAUGAGAUUCUACUGCCAAUAACACACUGCCUAAGGCUGCACACUCGAGUGCCUUUAUAUAACAGCCAUUGUACACAUCCAAUAAAAGGACCCUCAAGAACCCACAAUGCCUCAAUCAUAGGGCUUUGUUUGGAUACCUCACUGAGCAAGCUGUUCAAGUCUUCAGCAUUGUGGUCUGCUGUUGGAAAUUCUGCCUUAAAGUUCUCCUGAGACUCCGAGACGGACACUGCGUUUCAUAUAAGCAAGGCUCCAGGAUUUAAGAUGCACUUUUCCUCACAUUGCCCGUUGUACUGAAGUCUGUAUGUCUCCAAAAUACAGUACACUUUUGUAUUCUUAACUCAUCCAUUACUGUCCAUCAGUAUCUCUUGCGACGGUGGAAGAAAAACUCAGAUCGUUCCUCCUGCGAUGCCUGGAGUCACUGGCAAUCCUGAAACAAAUUGCAGGGAGGGGUGGUCUGGGAGGGCGUGGAACGGCUCUAAUCUGGGAGGGAAGGUAGUUUUCCAUUUGUGAUUCAGCUUGCUUUGCAUCCUAACAUACCUUGCUAGGUACCAUCAGAGUGACCGAAGACUAUCUGAGAGGAUACGUUUUGUUGGUUAUGCAGGCUUUCACCUACAUGAAUCUGAAACCCCUUCCGUCUUCAAGAAAUGGCAAAAGCAGUUAGAGACCCAAAUAUUUUCCCAGCUGAAAUCAGUCCUAGCUUUUCUCUUGCGAGAACUGGCCUGAGACUUUACCACUCAGAAGCCUACUGCAAGGGGCAACAUUCAAAUUGAUAUGCCGUCUCUAAAUCCAUGAGUAACAAAUACUUACGUUACAAAAGUGAUCUAUCCAUGGUGCAUAGGUGACCAUCUUAUUUACAUUAAUGCUUUUGAAAGAAGUGUAUAGUUACAGUUUCAGGAUCAGAUUUUGAUAGCCCGUUACUGGAAGUGUGAUAUUGCUUCCUCUGAUCUCACCCAAGUGUGGAAGUGGCUUUUGGGACUCCUAUCCCAGCAGUUAUAAUUUCAAGGAAUAAGUCUGCUUCAGUUGCCCUGCAGUUGAGACAAGUGAGAUUCUGUAGACUCUACAGCCCACUUCCUAUGGCUGGCUGGCAAAAACUGGCACUAGACCAGAAUCUCUGCUUAUCUGUUGUGUUUAUGAGCCAAAAUCCAGACAGUAGCACAUUGGAAUGUGUCUAAACAGCACAUUUAAUUUACUUGCAGUAAAACGACAGUAGUCAAGACUCAGUACUUAUCACUAUCAAGGAAAGUGGAUUUUAAUUUUAAUUAAAUGUUGCUUCUGUGCAAGCACAGAAAAAGGUUCCCCUUACACAUGCUGCUCAUAUCCCUUAAUGUCUACACCCCAGGAGUCAUAGCUGCAAAUGGGCCUAUGGCCUAAAUUGACAACAAGGGUCAGUCAUACUGUGUACAAGCUUGCAACCUUGUGCUCUGUCUUUGCUAACCCUUGAACAAUAUGCACCCCAGGUUCUAUGCUGAUAAUUAGAACCACCAUUAGAAACAUUUCACCUGUAAGCAUGCAUUAUGAAGCUUGAAAACUCAUCUUCACUGCUCUUUACUGUAAGAACUGAAUUGUGGCAAAAAAGAAAUUUGAACUGUAGUCUUAAAUAUACUUUCUAGGGAGUAUGCCCCACUAGAGGUUUGCUCUACAUGAAGGUAUACCUGCAACAACAUUAGUUUCAUUCAUUUCUGUUGGGUUUGCGUAUUUCUGGGACCUUAAUUCAAAUUCCAUUGAUGUACUCUCACUUCUCUUACUGCAGAUAAAAUGAUGUCAUCAUACCCAUGCAUGAAAUUCUCGUCUGUCUUUUAUAGGAUUUGUCAGAUGGCAGAAUUUUGUCUGCAGUGUAUAAAACUCCACAUAGUAUAUGAUCUAAUCAAAGCUUCUUAACAAAAUUAGGGGUCGAAUACAACUGUACUUUACUUCAUUCCCAUUCACAUGACUGUGUCUGCACUUGUCCAAGAUGCACCCCCAUAUUCUUGUUUCUGCAGGUCUGCGUGUUAAUGAAAUGUCAAUAAUGAUGGCUGGUCUACAUAUUUGUCCGAUGAUAAUAUUAUUAGCUAAUACUGUGUAUGUAAUACUGAAUCCGACAUGACUAAUUUUAAUAGAUAACUCUUUGGCUUUCGUUCUGUUGAUGUGAUAUAAAACAAAACUGAGUUUGGAAUAGAAUGUUUUCCAUAAGAGGCAUGAAAAGCAACUACAGUGUUCAAAUGUUAAAACUAUUCAGUCUUCUUUGAGAAAAAUGUGUACUGUGUAGGCAUUGCAAAAAAGAAAUUCCUGCUAUAUGGCAUUUCAAUUUUUACAAAGGUUUACUUGUGCCAAAUGUGCAAAUAUUUAAUUUACUGUUUUGAAAGAAAACCAUAAAAAUGUAUAUGUUAUAGCACAUGGAAAAUUA